AUGAGCGACUCCAACCUGUUCAAUUAUACUUCUGGAAGAUGGAUUUACAACGAGACCUUGCGCCUUUCGGAGCGACAGCUGUUCUUUAAUGUCGCCCAGCUGAAUCGCAUUGCGGCUGCAUCCAUCGGUCGACCCGAGCAGGAUAUAACUUGUAUUCGAAAGCUUGCUGAGGGAGGAUUCAACCGUGCCUUUGAAAUUACUAUGCGAGACGGUGCUCAAGUUGUGGCACGGCUUCCAUAUCCGUCGACUGAACCCAGGAUUUAUGCGACUGCGAGUGAGGUGGCAACAAUGGAUUUUGUUCGAUUACAUGGCGUUCCGGUACCUCGUAUACUCACCUAUUCGGCUACCGAUCAAAACCCUGUUGGUUCCGAAUACAUCAUCAUGGAGAAAGCUGCAGGAAACGAGCUUGGAGACCUUUGGUAUACCAUGGCAGAACGGCAGCGGCUGAAGAUGAUCAUCGAGAUCGUGAAGAUCGAGGCACUGCUGUUUUCCAUACAACUGCCCGGAUAUGGAAGCAUAUACUACGAGCAUGAUCUUCCUCCUGGCAUGCGAAGAAUAGGCAUACAACAAGCUGGAGGCAAUGGGAAAUUCUGUGUUGGACCUGAUGCACAUUACAAGUGGUGGCAGAAAGGGCGAUCUUCUCUAUCCAUAGAGAGGGGACCAUUUUCAGAAACUGGCGACCUUUUAGAAUCUGUUGCGAAGCGGGAAUUGGAAUGGCUCUCUCAUUUCGGUCGGGCUCGGUUUCCCUUUGAACCGCUGCACAGAGAGCUAUAUUCGUAUCAAAAGGUCCAUCCUGAUAGCCACGUUAGAAACCUCCGGGAUUAUUUGCGAGUCGCUCGCCAUUUAUCUCCGGAGAAGGAGUGCUUCCUCAGUCGGCCGAUUCUCCGCCACCCUGAUCUACAGCCCAACAACAUAUUGGUUUCAGAUUCAUUUGAAGUGGUGUCCUUAAUAGAUUGGCAGCAUUGCUCCAUACUUCCCCUUUUACUUCAAGCCGGGCCCCCAAAAUACUUUCAGAACUAUGGUGACGCGGUAUCUGAGGACCUUAUCAAGCCCCAACUUCCUGCGGACUUUGAUCAACUCGGGGAAAACGAACAAGAAGCCGCAAGAAUCAUUUUUCAACAACGCCAACUCCAUUAUUACUAUUUUGCGGCCACCUCCAAAUUCAACGACGACCAUUUCAGCGCGUGUACGGAGGAUGAUGUGGUUUUGAAACAACAGCUAUUUCAACAUGCCGGCGAUCCUUGGGAGGGAGACAGUGUCACUUUGAAAGCCGAUCUUAUUCGUGCCGUCCAAAACUGGGAAAGGCUUUGUGCUUCGACGGAUUCCGUCUGUCCACUUCACUAUUCCCCUGAGGAGAUUGAUGAGUGCCUACGACUCGAGGAGGAGCAGCGGCUUGCGGACGACGACAUGGAAAAGUCUCGAAAUUGUCUCGGGGUGUCUGGUGAUGGCUGGGUCCCUACAGAGAGAUACAGUGAGGCUAAGAAAAUGAGCGAAAAAUUCAAAGCAGACGCAAUUCUACUGGCAGACUCCGAGGAAGUCGCGGCGCAAAUACGGCGUCAUUGGCCAUUUGACGAUCACGACGAGGAUGAGUGA